AUGCAGGAGAACCUCAGAUUUGCCUCAUCGGGAGAUGACGUUAAAAUAUGGGACGCUCCAUCGAUGACGCUGGUGGAUAAGUUCAGCCCGCACGCUGCGCCUCAUGUUAUUAGCUCAGUGUGUUGGAGCAGCAAUAAUAACUUUCUAGUGACAGCAUCUUCCAGUGGUGACAAAAUAGUUGUCUCAAGUUGCAAAUGUAAACCUGUCCCACUUUUAGAGCUUGGUGAAGGGCAAAAGCAGACAUGUGUCAGUUUAAAUUCAACAUCUAUGUAUUUGGUAAGCGGAGGCCUAAAUAAGACUGUUAAUAUUUGGGAUUUAAAAUCAAAAAGAGUUCAUCGAUCUCUUAAGGAUCAUAAAGAUGAAGUAACCUGUGUAACAUAUAAUUGGAAUGACUGCUACGUUGCUUCUGGAUCUCUCAGUGGUGAAAUUAUUUUGCACAGUGUAACCACUAAUUUAUCUAGUACUCCAUUUGGUCAUGGUAAUAGCCAGUCUGUUCGGCACUUGAAGUACUCCUUAUUUAAGAAAUCACUCCUGGGCAGUGUUUCAGAUAAUGGAAUAGUAACUCUCUGGGAUGUGCAUAGUCAGAGUCCAUACCAUAACUUUGACAGUACACAUAAAGCUCCGGCUUCAGGCAUCUGUUUUUCUCCUGUCAAUGAACUGCUAUUUGUAACUGUGGGCUUGGAUAAAAGAAUCAUUCUCUAUGACACUUCAAGUAAGAAGCUCGUGAAAACUUUAGUGGCUGAUGCUCCUCUGACUGCAGUGGAUUUCAUGCCUGAUGGAGCCACUUUGGCUAUUGGAUCCUCCCGUGGGAAAAUAUAUCAAUAUGAUUUAAGGAUGCUGAAAUCACCAAUUAAAACCAUCAGUGCACAUAAGACAUCUGUGCAGUGUAUAGCAUUUCAGUACUCCACUGUUCUUUCUAAGUCAGGUUUGAAUAAGGGCUGUUCAAAUAAGCCCACAGCUGUGAACAAACGCACUGUUAAUGUGAGCGCCGGCGGAGGAGGAGCCCAGAAUCCUGGUGUGGUCAGAGAGGCAGCCACCACAUCCCUUGCCACAGUUCUGCCCCAGCCCACGGCAGCCGCUGUGGGAAAGGGAACAAGUGCUCCUCAAGACAAAGCAGGUCUGACUCGAAGCAUAAACACCGAUACUUUAUCAAAGGAAACAGAGAGUGGGAAAAAUCAGGAUUUCUCCAGCUUUGAUGAUUCUGGAAAAAGUAGUUUAGGUGACAUGUUCUCACCUGUCAGAGAUGAUGCUGUAGUUAACAAAGGAGGUGAUGAGUCCAUAGGCAAAGGAGAUGGCCUUGACUUUCUACCACAAUUGAACUCAGUGUUUCCUCCAAGAAAAAAUCCAGUAGUUUCAAGCACUUCAGUAUUGCAUUCUAGUCCUCUUAAUGUCUUUAUGGGGUCUCCUGGGAAAGAAGAAAAUGAAAAUCAUGAUCUGACAGCUGAAUCUAAGAAAAUGUAUCUGGGAAAACAGGAAUCUAAAGACUCCUUCAAGCAGUUUGCAAAGUUGCUCUCCGGUGCUGAAACUGGAAAUCUAAAUGCCUCUCCAUCAUCUAACCAAACAAGAAGCCCUGAGAAAUUUGAAAAGCCAGAGAAAGAAAUUGAAGCCCAGUUAAUAAGUGAACCUCCAGGCAAUGGAUCCUCAACUCCAAAUCCAAAGAUAGCAUCCUCUGUCACUGCUGGAGUUGCUAGUUCACUAUCAGAAAAAAUCGUUGAUACCAUUGGAAAUAGUCGGCCAAAUGCACCGUUGUCAUCUGUUCAGAUCCGUUUUAUUCAGAACAUGAUACAGGAAACCCUGGAUGACUUUAGAGAAGCAUGCCAUAGGGACAUUGUGAAUUUGCAAGUGGAGAUGAUUAAACAGUUUCAUAUGCAAUUGAAUGAAAUGCAUUCUUUGUUGGAAAGAUACUCAGUGAAUGAAGGUUUAGUGGCGGAAAUUGAAAGACUACGAGAAGAAAACAAAAGACUGCGGGCACACUUUUGA